AUGUGCUGGAGACAUACUGUAUCAAUUAAUGUGUCAUCUCUAAGUAUCCUUGGUAUUGAAGUGGCUUCCUCCCCUACAGGGUAUCUUUUGUCCCAAACUAAGUAUGCUACUGACAUCCUCUUUCAUGUUCAUCUCAUAGAUGAUAAGGUUGUUGAUACUCCGAUUGAGUUCCAUGCUGAGUUCCUUGCUUGGGAUGGUGUACCGCUUGAUGAUCCCACUCCCUAUCAUGAGCUUGUUGGUUGUUUGGUUUAUCAUACUAUUGCGCAUAAUUCUGUCUUUCAUGACCGCUCCAAACACAUUGAGAUAGAUUGCCAGUUCGUCCGACAGCACCUUCAGGCUGGUACAGAGGUGUAUUCACGCAACUUGAAAUUGCUUGUACCUUUCUUCGAUUGUCCAUCAAUUGCAUUACAAAAGAUUGAGAAGGGUAGCACUUCUGAAGCAAGUUUUGUAUUGGCAACCUGGAAACUAAGGACUUAUCUCAGACUUCCAUGGAGGCCACUCAUUUCAGUUGAUGGAAGCACGAUAUAUGAUUUAGAUGACAAAUUCAAAAUUGUUAGGCAUGCUGAGAGUUGGGACAUUUCUGCCCUUGAAGCAAUUGGCCAGAUUUUUACACCUAGUUUUGGAAGGCCUAGUGAAUAAUAUAUGUUCCCUUCUCACAGAAUUUUGAAGAAAGUUCAUACUAUAAUGUUACCAAUUUCAAGCAGUUACCGCUGAUUUGAUUGUUGAGGUAACAUUAGACUUGUAUUUAUUUUGUACAGAGUUUUUAAGCUCAUAUUAAUCACCCCAUUGUUUGUAAUUAGUUUGGUAAGAAACCAUAUGAACUUUCACUCACUUAUAAACUUACUGUAGACAAUCAUAUGAUGUCAUCCCGUUGUGUUUUACUUGAAUUAGCAUGUAAAUUCUCUGAAUUGUGGUUA